UCAACUCAUUUAUUUUUUGUCGUGUAUUGGAAACCGAUCACAAACGGGCACAUUUUCUUUAAAAUUUUAUGCAAGUUAUUUAAUUAUUUACGGAAUAAAAUAAAAUAUGGCCGAAGCAAUGAAAGCAACAGUCGCCUCAAUGUUGAAAGGCAUAGAUAGAUAUAAUCCAGAGAACCUUACAACAUUGGAAAAAUAUAUCGAUAUUCAAGCGAGAGAAAAUGCUUAUGAUUUAGAAGCAAACUUAGCAGUUUUAAAAUUGUACCAGUUUAAUCCAACUCAGUACCGUCUGCCUGUCGUGCAGAUGAUUCUUUUGAAAGCUCUCACUAACUUGCCACAUACAGAUUUUGUGCUCUGCAAAUGUCUCAUCGAUCAACAGAAUCUAGAACAUGAUGAUAUAAAAAGUAUUGUAUAUCUGCAUGAUUUGCUUGAAACAUGUCAUUUUGAAGCAUUUUGGGAUGGAAUUAAAAAAGUUACACCACUGAUCAAUGGAAUUGCAGGAUUUGAAGAUUCUAUUCGAAAAUUUAUUUGCCAUGUUGUGAACAUCACAUUUCAAAGUAUUGAGAAAGAUACACUUUCUACAUUCCUUGGAGGUCUGCCUGACUAUCAGUUGCAAGUGUGGAUGAAUAAAUAUGGUUGGAAGGAGACUGAACAAAAUUUAGUAUUCAUCAGUAAUCAGGAAGAGAAUAUCAAAACAAAGAACAUUACAGAAAAGAUUGAAUUUGAUAGUGUUGCUGCUAUUAUGUCCCUCACAAGAUAACUGUAUGUGUAUGUUUGUUCAAUAAAUGAAUCUUUUUUAUUAUUUAAAA